GAUGAGGCUGUGGCAGCGUGCGGUACAGCCUUCAGUACAUUGGCCAAAUCAGGGCAUGUCUCCUUCUAUACGUCCUUCCUCGAAAAUACUUAGACUGACCUUGAUCAGGCGCAGCCUUCGUCGAAGACGAAGGAAACGACACUUGCACAUACUCUUCUGUUGACGGAAUCAGCCUCCCAGAGAACUACCACACAUUUCAACGCCUGUUCCCCACGUUUACGAUCUCCACGUCACCCAGUCAGUGCCGUUCAUUGUUGCUGCGAGGUUUGACGACGGCGUACAAGAGGUGCCGCAGAGCGAUGUACAGUUUGUAUGUAUAACGGCGAACAAUAAAACGAAGGGCAGUCGGGUCCCUGAGAGCAGGAAGCGCGGAUAGCUGGCAGUGCAAUAUCGAAAAACCGAGUAUAGAAGAAUCCACACCGCCAUCUCUUUGCGCUUGUACACCUUCACACAAGAUGCAGACACCAACUACCCACAUACUGCUCGCGGCAACACUUCCCCUCAGAACUACCCUGGCUCAAAACACAACGACAGAUUUCACCUCCACCCGCAAUGGUAUCUCUCAACUAGACGUCUGCUGUCUCAGCUUCCUCGACAUACCCUACAUCUCUUCGCCAAACGCCUCGGUUGAGUCAGUAGGCAGUGUUCCAUUCCUUGAACUGCCGAAUCAAGACCCCUGGCACCUUUUCAUCCUGGUGAACGACACAGGCCCCAACCUCAAUGGUGACUGUUUUCGCUAUACGCGCGAAAGCUUCCUCAGCGUCCCCAACAAAGCGUCGAAUACGAGCGUGUGUUUGUAUCAGUUCACGCCACUGAACACGACCAACUUGACCAACGGGUCUAGCUGCGCAGGUGUGUUUAGCGACGAGUGCAUGUUGUUCAUGCAGGAAAUGUUAUCGAACGCUACAAUUUCUGAGUGGAGGCCCGACAAUUCAUGUCCAGAUCCAUUCCUUUCCGGGGCACGAUUGGACCGGCUGCUUGAGCUUUGUGGGAGAUCAACGCCUAAUGCGCAGUUGUAUAGCCGUGAGUCUGCUUGCAAGUACCUUGCUUACGCCCUGUGUGUCUGCUGCCGAAUUGACAGGGUCACGAUUCGUUGUUCCGAAUGACAACUGCUCGUAUCCUUCGCUUCCGGGUGUUGAACUCCCCGGAUAACUGCCAGGCUUCAGCGCGGGGCAGUUCACAUUCUUUCUACGAUGACCAGAGUUAUCGUCGGGGUUCUCAGAUAUAUAUCCGGCGUUGACGUAUGAUCAGUUUGUCAGCCAGGUGGUGCUUUUCGCUGUUGUUGCUUCGUUUGGAGGCAAUCAGAAUAACGCAGUACAGUUCGUUUGCGUAACACCGAACAAAACGCAGUCGGGUAGUCAGGUUUCUGAGGAUAGGGCGCUGUGGGAAAGUGCUGCGACAGGUUGGCAGGUUGCUGGCAAGUUGGUGAUGGGAAUGGCCGGAGUUGUGGGUUUGGUACUU